AUGGCCAAGAAGGGCGCAAAACUCGCCGCAAAGGCGCCAAUCGCCAAGUCGCAAUCAGACGGAGUCACAGACAAGAAGAACAGAAGAAAGUCCAACGACCCACCAGUCGAAGCCCCCAUCGCCGAAACCAACGAGGACGAAGAGUGGGAAGAUGAAGACAGCGAGGAGGACUCCGACUUGGAAGAAGAAGGGGGCGGCGUCGACUUUUCCAAACUAGAAGACAUCAACGACUCCGACUCCGACUCAGAAAUCAACAAUUCCGACUCCGAAAACGAGGACAACGACGAGGAAGAAGAAGAAGAAUCCGAAAUCGACGUCGACGACCUCAACCUCGACGACAUGGACCCCGAAGAAAAGGAAGAACUCGCCGCCACCACCCGCGUCCGCCAAACAAUCAACAACAAGGACGCCCUCCUCGCCGCCCUGAAGCGCAUCUCCCUCGUGCCCACCGACAUCAAGAAGGCCGCCUUGGUCCCCUUUGCUUACCACAUGACCCUCGUCACGUCCAAGCCCACCCAAGAAGUCAUCCCCUCCAUCGACGACGACCUCGAGCGUGAGCUCGCCUUCCUCAACGCGGCGCGCGAGUCGGCUCUCAAGGCGAGGAACUUGCUCAAGAAGGAAGGGGUGCCGUUUACGAGACCUACCGAUUACUUUGCCGAGACGCUCCGCAGUGAUGAGACGAUGGAGGCGGUGAAGCAAAAGAUGAUUGAGGCCGCAACGGCGAAGAAGGCUUCUGCCGAGGCGAGGAAGCAGAGGGACUUGAAGAAGUUUGGAAAGCAGGUUCAGGUGCAGAAGCAGCAGGAACGGGCCAAGGAGAAGAGGGCCACGUUGGAGAAGAUUAAUGAGUUGAAGAAGAAACGCAAAGACGGCGGCUCUGCCUCCCUCGGUGCGAGGGAAGCAGACGACAUGUUUGAUGUCGCUGUUGAUAACGAGCUUGGCGGCGGCAACAAGGCUGGCGGCAAGAGAGGAAGGUCAGGGGGUGAUCAUGGUCCUCCUAAUGCCAAGCGUCAGAAGAAGAAUGAAAAGUAUGGGUUUGGGGGCAAGAAGAGGUUCGGCAAGAGCGGCGAUGCGAUUAGCUCGGGGGAUAUGUCGGGCUUCAGCGCGAAGAGGAUGAAGAACGGGGGUGGGGCGGGUGAUGGGAAGAAGACGACGUUUAGUGCUAUGAGUGCGAAGGCGAAGGGGAGUAAGCCUAGGUUGGGGAAGGACAAGAGGAAGGGCGGGGCGGGGAGGAGGUAA